AAUAAAACUACAAAUGAUCUUCAUUUCACUAGUACAAUAAUCAAAAUAUUUAAAUAAAACUUUUAGUAUUGAUUUAUACACCGAAACGAAAAGCAUAUAAAAUUUGGAGCAGACAAAAAAUAAAUAUUUUAAAAAUGAAGUGGCAAUUGUUGUUAAUUGUUGGCAUCAUUGCUCUGAGUCAAUCAACAAAUGGAAAAUUGGCCAGUAAUUAUGCCCAGACCAUUGAAAGAAAUUUAUUUGCAUCCGAAUUCUACAAUGCAGUAGCUAGUGAAAAAUUAAAUGAUAAUGUGGUUGUCUCCCCUGCUGCCGUGCAAAUUUCCAUGGCCUUGGCUUUUUAUGGCGCCAAGGGCAAAACAGCCACUGAAAUGCAAACUGGUUUACGUUUGGGCUCUAGUGAUGCCGAAGAUGUUGUAAGACGUUUUGGUGAAUUUCAAUUGGCUUUCGGUCGUGACAAUAACAUACGUUUGGCAAAUAAUAUUUAUAUCAAUGAAAAUCUUGAAUUCAAACAAAAAUUCAAAGAUGUUGCCCAACGUAACUUUGAGUCCAACAUUGAAAAGGCAGAUUUCCAUCCACCCUACAAUAAGCGUACUGCUGAACGCAUUAACAAAGCCAUGGAGACCAAAACAAAUGGCAAAAUCACUGAUAUAUUAGCCCCUCAACAAUUGAAUGAUCUUACUGAGGGAAUUAUCGUCAAUGGCAUCACCUUUAGUGCCCCCUGGCAAAAGGCCUUCCGUCUUGAUAAGACCUCAAAGCGUAGCUUUUCGUCUGGCCGUCAAUCUUUCAAAGUUGAUACUAUGUGGACAUUAAAUAAUUUCCAAUAUGGUGAAGUCAGUAAUUUGGAUGCUAAAGUAGUAGAAUUACCCUAUCAAAACUCAGACUUUUCCAUGUUUGUCAUUUUGCCUAACCGCAAGGAUGGUUUACGUGAUUUAUUGCAAAACCUUAAAGGUAAAAAUUUGGUCGCUAUCUUAGAUGACAGUUUGAGCACUCAGAAGGUGGAAAUUUACUUGCCAAAAUUCAGCGCUACUUUUGGUGUUAAUCUAGAGGAGCCCUUUAAAAAGUUGGGAGUCACAACCAUGUUUACACGCCAGGGUGACUUUGGCAACAUGUAUCGUAUGUUUGUCAGUCACUAUAUUAAUAGUGCAAAUCACAAAGCUUAUGUAGAAGUUUCUGAGGCUGGUACCGAACAACCAUUGGAAAGUGGUGGUCUUAAAAACAUCUUCUCACGUACCAAGAAAUUUGAAGCCGAUCAUCCAUUUGUAUUCUGUAUUAAACACAAGGAUUCUGUUAUUUUUAUGGGUCACAUUGCCAACUAUGCCUAUGUUUAAUGUUGUUUGUUGAUAAAGUAAAUCUUAUUAAAUAUUGUUUGUACAUUAAGAGUUUGGAAAAAUAUAAAUAUUUUUUAUAACGUUA